CGUAGGAUGUGCAAGCAAGAUUUUGAGAUAAUUAUUUUUUUAGUAUAGCUAAAGAUUUCAGCCUUCUCUACUCCAUCUGCUUGACAGAAAGAAAGAUGAUUCUUAAAGAAAAUGUCUCAGAAAAUCAACCAAAAUUGAUAAAGAAAAUAAUGCUCACUUUGUGCUGGAUCCUAGCAUUGUUUGUCAGCAGGGCAGAAGUUAGAGAGAUUAACUUGCCUGGAUGUUCCCAUGUCGAACCUCAAAUACGGUAUCGUGCAAUUAGUGAUGAGGAGUUUGUUUUACAAUGCGCUUUACCGGAUAAAGAUACUACGCGCAUUUAUAACAGCUCAGUUCCAGAGCAUAAGGUGAAAUGGUUCUGGCGUCAGAAGGAUGAAGAACCACUGAAGCCUAUCAAGGAAAGCUCUAAUCCUGUUCGCCAAGGGGAUGCACUUUGGUUUAAACCAGUGAGAGAGAGUGCUUCUGGAGUGUACAUCUGCAUGAUAUGGAAAAAAAUCCCAUGUCUCAAAAUUGUUUUGGAGGUCCAAACAAAGAAGGUGGCAAAAUGUUCAGAUUAUGACACGAAUACGCUAUAUCUUCUUGCUGGCAAUGGGAAUUCAAUAACUUGUCCUGGGACAAAAUGUUACAACCACAUAAAAAAGCCAGAUGUAAAAUGGUACAAGGAUGGUCAUCAGAUAAAAUACAGUAAAAGCAGACAAAGCCUAAAGCUUAAGCAUGAUGAAAUCUACUUGAAUCCAACCUAUGACAAAGAUUCUGGAGUGUAUGUGUGUGAUUACACUCUAUAUGACAACACUAUCCAGUGGACAAUGAGAACAACAGUAACAGUAGAAGUGAUUGCAAAAAACACUAUCCAUCCACCAAACUUCUUGUAUCCCAACGGUGUGGUGAUCCUCGAGGCAGAGCUUGGAAAGCCACUUGAAUUGGAAUGCCGUGUACAGUUUGGGUUUGAAAGAGUUUCUGCAAUGAGGGUAACAUGGAAAAGAAACAGCAAAGAAAAUAUAAAUGAGAAAUUGACUCAGGAAACAAGCAUUUAUCAUAAAAGUUUAAAGGGGCACACGCUUCUUCAUGUUGCGAAACUGAAAGAAGUUACUGAAAUGGACUUCAGAAGUAACUUUACCUGCUUUGCUGAGAAUUUGGUGGGGAAUGCCACUGCUGUGAUCCAGCUGAAAAGAAAGCAGAGAGUGUUUCUUUUAUACGUGCUAUGCAGUGCCAUUUCUACACUAUUUGUGUUGCUUUUGUGCGCUGUCUUUAUUUACCAGCACUGGAUUGAAAUAGUGCUGAUGUACCGAAGUUAUUUGAUCCACAAUGAAACUACAGGAGAUGGCAAAGAAUUUGAUGCGUUUGUGUCCUAUGCAAAACUAAACUCCUCUGAAAGUGACUCUACUUUAAUUAGUGAGGAAAAAUUUGCCCUGGAGCUUCUUCCAGAUAUACUGGAAAAUAAAUAUGGAUACAAGUUAUGCAUUCUUGAAAGAGAUAUUCUUCCAGGAGGAG